CGAAUGUAGCGAAAGGCGGUCUGUCAGUGAGACAAGCAGACAAGCAGACGAUAUUUACAGGAAUCAUACGACAAGUAGACAGUGGGCAAAAUGGUGGCAGACGAGAAAUUAUUUUUCUCGAAAGCCGUCCAACAUUUAGCUAGAUGUUUAGCAGCGAUUAAACCUACACCAUGGGAAAAGGUUACACAGUUGUUCAAGUUAUGCCCACAAGAAUCUGCUCAGGGUAUAUACCGAUUGGAUCAAAGAGGACAAGAUACAACUAUUGCAUUGGGAAUAUAUUUUCUGGAAUCUGGUUUACAACAUCGGGAUAAGAUAUUACCAUAUCUUUUGCGAUUACUGCGUGGUCUUCCAAAAGCUGUAUGGUUGGAUGAGGUCAAAUGUUUACCUAGUGAACGUAUUCCUGUUGCUGAACGUUUUAGUUUUUGCUUAAACACAUUACUCAGUGAUGUUGCAUCUAGAUGUGAAUCUGUACGCGAAGAAAUUAUUUCUACUCAAGUAGAAAUAUUAGCAGUUUUAACAAAUCUUAUUAGAGGAUACAAAGAUCAAAAUGGGAAUAGAGGAAUGCAAGCAAAAUUAUCAUUAUGCAAAUGCUUAGUUCCGGUAUUAAUUGGUUUAGCUCGAUCUAUGGGUCGCUUUGCUUAUACUGAUCCACCUCUUUUAUGCCGAAUUUUUCCGAGACCGGAACCACCUCUCUCAGUACCAAAAGUAGAAAUGCGUUUAACAUUGGAUAAAAAGCAGCAUAGCUUUUCGAACUUUCGACCAAUUAUUCCUCGAUCAUUAAGCGGUAACUUCAAUCCUCAUCCGGCUAUAGAUACUGCACCAAGUCUACUAAUCGGGGAUCACGAAUAUUCUUGCGCCAAACGACCAUCGUUACAAUCUUACUCAUCGGUUCCCUAUGAUCCAGCCACAUAUUUUUUUAGUAGAUAUGGAUCAAGUUUCAAUCAGUUUCCUCAAAUGAGAUGCAAUGAAAGUCCUGAAAGGAGAGCUGCCAUGCAAUUUAAUGUGGUACAUUUACAAAGUGUACUGGCUUUGGCAAAGAAAUUGCUUACUAAAGAAAUUUUAAUGUUCCUUGAUGAGGAAACUCAGCAAGUUUACAACUCUGGACAGGUGCAAAUAUUUCCUUAUCGUACAUUUAACGAGACAAUGAAUCUAGUAAUGGUUGCUCUUUUACGGGAAUUGUUACAAAAUCAACGUGAUUUGCCUAUUCCUUUUACAAGAGACGUACAAGAGUUCGUGAAAGGUCUCUUUCUAUCCGGUCAAACAGAAUUGCAAUCACGUCAACAUGAUGCAAGCGAACGCGAAGAUAUGGACACUAAUUUUAGAACUGUAAAUAGGUUUAAAGUAAACGUUAUGGCUAAUUCUGCGUGUGUCGAUCUUCUUGUUUGGGCAAUUGGUGAUGAAACUGGUGCGGAUAGUUUAUGUGGUCGUUUAGUUGAAAAGAUUAAUUCUAAUCAUGGACCAAAACUGGUGCUGGCGCAUAUGCCUUUAUUAAUGGUAUGCCUUGAAGGAUUAGGAAAAUUAGCGCAAAAGUUUCCUAAUAUAGCGAGUACAUCUAUAUAUUAUCUUCGGGACUUUCUUGUUGUUCCAUCUCCUAUACUACUUAAAUUACACCGUCAACAAAGUGAAAGAGGUAGCAUACAAUCAUACAUAAAUAUUACAUAUAAAAUUAAUGAGAAAGUUAUUCCUUUUAAGGGAAAGAUAUGCAAUUCGAAACAAACUACUUCGUCAAUACAAACAGCCUUUGAAAAACUACGCGACGCAGCUAUUGGCAAUCUUUGCAUUGCUCUAGAAGCUGCUCAUUCUGUAAAUCCAGAUUGUGUACCAGCAUUAGUUGCCAGCGUCUCGAAUAGAUUAUUUGCUGCUGACAUAUGUGACGGUGAAUCCGAUGACAGGUCGAAUAGCGAAUUAAUUUCGAAAAACAUAGUAAUCAUGUUGGGGCAUGUUGCCGUUGCGUUGAAAGACACCCCAAAGACUAUGCGUACAAUAUUCCCAUUUUUUCAGCAAUUAUUUUGUCGCACUCCGAGUGAUCUUGAUUUUCUAAUCGUGGAUCAAUUAGGAUGUAUGAUCAUUGCGAAAUGCGAAUCAAAGAUUUACGAAGGCAUAAUGCAAAUGUUUUCUAUGUCAUUGGGCUCAAGUACCGCAACUUAUGCUUCGAACGAUGAUCGUAAACAAUAUUGUCACGUAGCUAAGGCAGUCACAAAUGCUCUUGCAAAUAUAGCAGCAAAUCUUCAAGGUGAAUCAGAAUUGGACGAUUUGCUACUUCACUUGCUUGAACUUUUUGUUCAACUCGGACUAGAGGGUAAACGUGCCAGCGAUAAGGCGUCAAAUAACGUUUCAGUAACGAAAGCAGCAACUAGCGCAGGAAAUUUAGGUGUGCUUAUUCCUGUAAUCGCUAUAUUAGUAAGGCGACUUCCGCCGAUCAGGCAUCCAUACAAGAGACUCCUAAAACUUUUUAAAGACUUUUGGCUUUAUUGUGUCGUAAUGGGUUUCGCUGGUGAUCAAGCAUCGAGAUUAUGGCCUGCAGAAUGGCACGAAGGUGUCAAGGAAAUCGCUGUAAAAUCACCGUACCUUAUUUCGCAAACUAGUGCACGUCUUGAGAUGAGAGAAUUGCAGUAUACUUCAGCUGUACGCAAUGAUAGCGUUUCUUUAAACGAAUUACAAGAAUUGAGGAGUCAAGUAUUAAAAUUAAGUACUCGAACUAAUGAUAUAUCGCAAUAUGUGACAAAAUUGCAAUUUGCACAGUGUACAUAUUUAUUAUCAGUUUAUUGGUUAGAGACUUUGAGGGUGGCAAAUAGUCCAGAACCUAGUUUACAACCAAUAAUGGAAUAUUUAUGCGAUACAGAUUUGCAAAAAGAUAAGAGCGGCAUGUGGCAGUGUAUAUGUUGUGUUGCUGAUUCCGUCUUUGUAAAAUUCAAAGAUGUUAUGCAGCGUAAACCGAAAGACGAAAGGCGUGAGAAGGAACUUGAAAAUCAUGCUCAAUUUCUUCUCGUGUAUUUUAAUCAUGUACAUAAACAGAUUAGACGGAUAGCGGACAAGUAUCUUAGUGCACUGGUGGAUGCGUUCCCGCACCUUCUAUGGAAUUGCAAAGUGCUUUGGAGUAUGUUGGAUAUAUUACAGAUUUUAUCAUUCUCAUUACAAAUUGAUCCAAACGAAGAGACACCAAUUUUACGAAUACCUGGUACACCAUACAGUAUAGAACUUACGGAUACGCUCGAGGCAAGAGAGAUUAUUGUGAAAGAUUUCACUGCGAGAUGUAAAGGUAUAGUACAAGAAGCCAUGAAGUGGGCACCUCAAGCCACUAGAUCACAUUUACAGGAAUAUGUAAAUCAAAUUCCGUCUUCUAGAUUAAAACACCAUUCUGGUUUAUGUUUAUCUACGGAUUCAGUUCUUGAAUUUGUGGACAUGGCUAUUCCAACAUCGGCCUUACCAAACACUAAUUCGUUAGAUAAACGACCACGUGGUCCAAAAGGAGCCAGCUCGUGGCUUCUGUCGAUGAUGUCUACACGUUCACGAUAUGCUGGAGAAAUAGCAGGAAUGCUAUCGUUGGCGCAAACCGAAUCAUCUACUUCCGAAAUAUCUUUUGAAGAAAUUAGAAACAAAGUUAUUGACUUAUUAAUUGAUGCUGUGUGGAUGGCUUGCCGUGCUCGAAAUGACGUUAACCAUCGUAGCGCUCUUUGGCGUGCUACUGCAUUAUUAAUUUCUAUGCCUGGGACACAUAGACGUUUGUUGCAUACAGUAGCUUCUUCACAAAUUGAAUUGUUCACUCCUGCAGCUAUGACAACAGCAGUUGAAUGCUGGCAGUGGAUACUUACCGUACGGCCAGAUUUGAAACUGCGUUUUUUGCAAGAAAUGUUUGUUGCGUGGCAGUAUACUGUUGAUAAAAGAAUGGGUUUAUUCGCACUGGACGAAGAAGAAGUCAGUCCGUUAGCAGUAUACGAGGGUUGCAAGUUAGGUUCAAAUCCUCCCCAAGUGAAACCUCAUGAUAUUUGGGUUACAUUUAUCGUAGAAUUGAUUGAAACUGCUAAAUAUUGCUGUCAAGAAACAGUUGAUAUGAUUGUCACAUUAUUACAUCGGUCAUUGCCUAUGACUGUUGGUGCUUCUGGUGAAGAGCCUGGAAUGAGUCGCCAUGUUGCUGCAGUUGGAGUGCGAUUUAAAUUGCUUUCUUGUGGACUUCUUCUUCUUCAAGGAGAUAUUUUACCAAGGACAUUAAGUAAAAACGUACUACGAGAACGCGUAUAUUGUAAUUGCUUGGAUUAUUUCUGUCGAGAUCGUCAAGUACCAACGCAAGAACUAGAACAAUUACACGAGGAUUUAGUUACGCUUAUACGUUUCUGGCAAGUAAUGCACAGUGAUAAAAAAUAUUUGGUAAUGACUGGCACCGACAGUGAAUUUGAAAUGUUAACAUCCCAAUCGUAUUCAACUGGUGCUUUUGGACCUAGUGAAACAAUUAGUUCUUUGAGUACGUCCUUUGGUACAACGAAUCCUGAAUUUUCGAAAACACCGACAAGCGUAUGGAUUAAUACAGUUCCAAUGUCUACUAGUAGUAAUACUUUGGGCAAACGUAGUAAUCGUAGCAAGCGUGUUAUGAACGCUAACGUGUUUGUAAAAGAUUAUAUAAAAAAAAGAAAUCUGAUCCUCGAACUGUUGGCAGUCGAAAUAGAAAUGUUAUUAGUUUGGAGAAAUCCUAGUGGAAGACAAGAGCUUGCACUUCCAGGUGAAUCAAGUAUUGCAGAAUGGCGCGCUAAGGGAAUGAAUGAUCGGUGGCGAGAAUAUACGCGACUUGCAUGGGAAAUUAGUCCUAUCCUUGCCAUAUUUUUACCAGUUCGAUUAAAGAAUUCCGAAAUUAUUAUCAAAGAAGUAUGUGGACUUGUUCGCCUUAAACCUGUGCCGGUUAUGCACGUCCCAGAAGCUUUACAAUAUCUCGUUACGACUGAUACAUUACUUAACGAUGUACCUGAAUUGGUGUAUAUGUUAACAUGGGAGAGAGUAUCACCUAUUCAAGCACUAGCAUACUUCUCUCGUCAAUUUCCUCAUCAUCCAAUUUCUGCACAAUAUGCAGUAGAGGUACUAAGUAGUUAUCCAGCAGAUGCUGUACUUUUUUAUAUACCACAACUUGUACAAGCUGUACGCCAUGAUACUAUGGGUUAUGUGAUAGAAUUUAUAAAGAAAAUUGCUAAACGUUCACAGGUUGUAGCACAUCAACUAAUUUGGAACAUGUACACAAAUAUGUAUGUGGACGAGGAUAAACAAAUAAAAGAUCCAGUUUUGUAUGAUAUACUAGAUUCGCUUGUAAAAAGUAUUUUAGGAUCGUUAUCUGGUCCAGCAAAACAAUUUUAUGAAAGAGAAUUCGAUUUCUUCGAAAAGAUUACGAAUAUUUCAGGUGAUAUAAGGCCAUAUCCUAAAGGCCCUGAACGUAAAUCAGCAUGUCUAAAAGCUUUGUCACAAAUUAAAGCACAGCCAAGUUGCUACUUGCCAUCUAAUCCUGAAGCAAUGGUAAUUGAUAUUGAUUAUCAAAGUGGAACUCCUAUGCAGAGUGCCGCAAAAGCACCAUUUUUAGCGCGUUUCAAAGUUCGAAAAUAUGGAAUUAACGAAUUAGAGAAUAUUGCAUUAGCAGUAUCGACUAAUGGUAAAGUUGAUAUUAAAAGAGAACCAGAAAAAGAAACGUGGCAAGCUGCUAUUUUUAAAGUCGGAGAUGAUGUUAGACAAGAUAUGUUAGCUUUACAAGUGAUCAGUAUUUUCAAGAAUAUAUUUCAAAAAGUUGGAUUAAAUUUAUUCUUGUUCCCAUAUAGAGUAGUAGCUACGGCACCUGGGUGCGGUGUGAUAGAAUGUGUACCUAAUGCAACUUCACGCGAUCAACUUGGUCGCACCACUGAUAUUGACAUGCAUCAAUAUUUUAUCACACGUUAUGGAGAUGAAACGACGAAAGAAUUUCAGAACGUACGUCGUAAUUUUGUGAAAUCAAUGGCUGCCUACAGUGUAAUCACAUAUCUUUUACAAAUAAAAGAUCGCCACAAUGGCAACAUUAUGUUGGACACCGAAGGUCAUAUCAUACAUAUCGAUUUUGGAUUUAUGUUUGAAAGUUCGCCUGGUGGUAAUUUAGGCUUUGAGCCUGAUAUUAAGCUAACAGAUGAAAUGGUGCUCGUAAUGGGUGGUAAAAUGGAGGCCGCGCCUUUUCGUUGGUUCAUGGAAUUAUGUGUACAGGCCUUUCUUGCCGUUAGACCUUACCAAGAAGCUAUUAUUUCUCUGGUUUCUCUAAUGCUUGAUACCGGAUUGCCAUGCUUCCGUGGACAAACGAUAAAACUUUUACGCGGCAGAUUCGUGCCGACAGCAACUGAUCGCGAAGCGGCGGCCUAUAUGCUCAAUGUAAUACGUAACAGCUACCUCAAUUUCCGUACGAAAACUUACGACAUGAUACAGUAUUAUCAAAAUCAAAUUCCCUAUUAGAUUACUAUUUCUAAGUAACUUUCGUUAACGAUUGUUAAUUUAUAAUGGAGGAAUUCAUUAUUUCUGCAAAGAUUGUUGAAUGAAUACACCAUGUACUAUAUUGUUAGAUGCAACAGCAUUGAAUCUGCUGUCUGUACAAACCCCUCAGUGUCAAUGUUAUUCUUAAACUCACAUAAAUUUUAUGAAAGCAUUGAGCUCUGUAUGUAUGUAACAAUAAUGUAUUAUAAAGUGGAAAGAAAUUAUCUGAUAUUCCUGCUAUCAAGCAGAAGAUAUGAGAAACAUUCCUCUGUUUAUUAUUUAUAUACUGUUAUCAGUUAAACAUUAAAUGGGAGUGUAAUUAAACAAUCUGUAAUUUAAUUAUAGGUAUCUUAUAUUAACUAAAAAUUACAUGUAAGAAUUUUAUUUAA